UUGCGUACGACUGAAAUUAGUUCGGUUUUUAAUUUUAAUGUUUUGGUAGGCGUUUAGAAAAAGUCUGCUAAAACUUUUUUAAAUUGUUUUUUUACAAGAAAUGCUUUUGAUUUGCUGGAGCAUCGAAUGCGAUCACAUUAAAACCGUGUUUUUGUGAAGCAGUUGUUCAAUAAGCACCCACGCACAGCCACGACCUUAUUUUCGAAAGUAAUGACUUCGUAGAACGAGUUUGAAGAUGAAUUUCCACUUUGAACAGUUCACACAUUGUGCAUUCUACGAUAGUUCUACAUUAGAGUGCAACGAUACUAAUUUAAAAGACAACUUUCAAUCAAUCGUAUUUUGUGAAAGUAAAUAAUAAUAAUUCAAGGAUUCCCUAAACAACUUUCUGACUUCGACGAUGAUGUGAGAAGUCGAUAUUUAACAUGCGCGUUUUAUAAAUACAAUCACAGCCCACGAACUGCAGUAUUUUGCGCCUGUUAACGUACACACUCUUCUUCGUGGUGGUGUAAUAAAAAAAAAUAUAGUUUUCGUCGUCAUAGGCUGUUCUGGUGCGCUCUUUUACCCUGCGUUAUUAAUUAAUUUUUUUUUUCUUGUUUUAUGUGUUUUUUCUGACCGCUUUUUGUACCUUCUGCUGUUCAAAGUGGAGCACAACGUUUGGGUACCGUUAUUAUCACUCAAUGUCAGCGGGCGCAUUGUGUUUUGUGUACAAUGUGCGCGGUGUUUGCCUCAAAUGAACUUAGUACUUUCGUAAUAAUGCAGAUUAUCUGUGAAAACACUCGCGUCUCUGAUAAAUUUCAUCGUGCAUAACUUGUGAGCGUCAUUUAUUCGGUUUUCAACGUUCGUGGGUUUAUAAGCUUAAAUACGCAAGUUAACACGUGUACAUAGUGUUUUUAUAGUAAUACGUGUGUAUGUAUAGAAGUGUGUCUCAAGUUUAAUUAACUUUUAGUGUUUGAUUAAUUACUUUGAAAAAAUGUCGAUAGAAAAAACGCGCUCAGCGUCUUUUCACGAAAAACCGCGAAGAAACUUUUUUUCUUUCCGUACCGCGGUUGAUAAUGAUUUCGAAAGUUUUCGAACUUCGGGAAAUUCCACAUGGACUGAUAAAAGGGAACUUUCUCACAGAAUAUUCGUCAAUCGGAGCUUGCAUUUAGAAAAUAUUAAAUUUUAUGGAUUUGACAUGGAUUACACGCUGGCCGAAUACAAGUCUCCCGAGUACGAAAAAUUGGGAUUCGAUUUAGUUAAACAUCGCAUGGUGUCAAUAGGGUAUCCCCAAGAAAUUUUAGAAUUUGAAUAUGAUCCAACUUUUGCUGUGAGAGGUCUGUGGUUCGAUUCUGUUUACGGAAACUUAUUGAAAGUAGACGCUUAUGGCAAUAUACUGACUUGCGUCCACGGUUUCGAAUUUCUGAAACAUUCAGAAGUUUACGAACUCUACCCGAACAAAUUUUUAAAAUUGGACGAGUCCAGAGUCUAUGUAUUGAACACCCUUUUCAAUCUUCCCGAAACAUACUUGUUGGCAUGUUUGGUAGAUUUUUUCACAAACUCGCCCCAAUACACGAAAACUUUAACUGGAGUCAACUGCGGCGAUUUAAAUAUGUCUUUCAAAUCAAUAUUUCAGGAUGUCCGUUCAGCAGUAGAUUGGGUACAUCUGCAUGGAGACUUGAAGCAAAAGACAAUUGAGAAUUUGGAGAGGUAUGUCAAUAAGGACGAUCGUCUUCCCAUGUUCCUGGACAGACUCCGGGAAAGUGGAGCAAAAGUCUUCCUUCUCACAAACAGUGAUUACAAUUACACUAAUCAAAUAAUGUCCUAUCUCUUUGACUUUCCACACGGUCCUUCGCCCAGUACGUCACAUAGAAAUUGGAGGACAUAUUUCGAUACCAUAGUUGUAGAUGCUAGGAAACCCUUAUUCUUCGGGGAAGGCACUAUUUUGAGACAAGUCGAUUGCACUACAGGGGCCCUAAGGGUCGGAGUUCAUACCGGACCUUUCCAUAAAGAACAUGUCUAUUCCGGAGGUUCAUGCGACGUCUUCACGAAAUUGAUUGGGGCUAAAGGCAAAGACGUGCUGUACGUAGGAGAUCACAUUUUUGGGGACAUUUUAAAAAGUAAAAAGAUCCGAGGUUGGCGGACGUUCCUGAUCGUUCCCGAGCUGGUUCGGGAGCUGCGAGUGUGGACUGAUAAAUGUCAACUGUUUGAAGAGCUUCAAAAGCUAGAUAUUAAACUGGGAGAAAUGUACAAGAAUUUGGACAGCAGUACACACUACAAGCCUGACAUUUCCAACUUGCGGAAUGCUAUUAGGGACGUUACCCAUAAAAUGGACAUGUCAUAUGGUAUGAUGGGAAGUCUCUUUAGAUCGGGAUCUCGACAAACUUUUUUUUCAUCACAGGUUGUGAGAUAUGCAGAUUUGUAUGCUGCCACACACCUUAACUUUAUUUACUACCCUUUCUCUUACAUGUUUCGUGCCCCCGCCAUGCUAUUACCCCACGAGUCGACGGUGGCUCACGAACAACGAUACUUGCCUAAUGGAGAUAUAACUUCUGAAACCGCCUCUGACAAGGAUCUUCCCAAAUCUUCCGAAGAAAACACUCGACCGAACUUAGUGAGAACUCAGAGUCAAGUUCCUCACAUCAGGCCUGAAUUCCCACGCUCAGUCACCCAUAAUCACGACGAAGAUUUUUCAGAAGAUGAGCAGCAAGCAGAUUUAAAUUUACAAAGGUUGAGAUUAGAAAUUAAAAAUGAAGAUAGUGGUGCUGAGAAUUUAGAAGAAGCGUUGUGAAUUGAGGAGAAUACGUGUGAGGAAAAGGUGAAACGUUUGCACAAGUCAAUAAUGAUAUUCUUAACGUAUAAGAAGUACUGGUUUCAUAAAACGUUUUUUGUUUUACUAUAUUAUUAUAAAAUAUUCAGGAAUUUUAAGAAAACCAUGUUAAGCACAAUUUUUAUGUGGUAAUUUCGUCAAGAGCAAUAUAUAUACGAAUUUAAUGGAG